AUGCUACCCAACUCAACUGAGCAGGCCAUCACUAUUGCUGGCAUUCCGCAAUCCAUCAUUGAGUGUGUCAAACAGAUCUGUGUGGUCAUGUUGGAGUACCCCCCGAAGGGCGUGACCAUCCCGUACCGACUCAAGCCUUCCAGCUCUCCGGUCAACUUUGCAGGUGGUCAGGCCUAUACCAUUCAAGGACAGUUUGCCAUUCCACAGCCAGAUUUGACCAAGCUGCACCAGUUGGCAAUGCAACAGUCUCAUUUUCCCAUGACGCAUGGCAACACCGGAUUCAGUGCAGGUUUGGAUACAUCUGCUCAGACUACUUCUCAUGAACUCACCAUUCCAAACAAUUUGAUUGGCUGCAUAAUCUGGCGUCAAGGCGCCAAAAUCAAUGAGAUCCGUCAGAUGUCUGGGGCACAGAUCAAAAUUGCGAACCCAGUGGAAGGAUCUACUGAUAGGCAGGUUACCAUCACUGGAUCUGCUGCCAGCAUUAGCCUGGCUCAAUAUCUAAUCAGUGUCAGGCUUUCCUCGGAGACGGGUGGCAUGGGGAGCAGCUAGAACAAUGCAGAUUUAUCCAUAAUCCCUUUCUGCUGUUCACCACCACCCAUGAUCCAUCUGUGUAGUUUCUGAACAGUCAGCGAUUUCAGGUUUUAAAUAGUUUGUAAAUUUUCAGUUUCUACACUCUUCAUCAUCCACUCGUGAUUUUCUACUUAAAGCGUUUUAAUUCCUUUCUCUGUUCAGCUGUUGGUGCUGAGAUCCAUAUUUAGUUUUACAAGCUUC